AUGCGCCAGGCUCCUGAAGAAUUGGAAUCGUGCGUUUUACUUUGCGACUCGAGAGCAGAGGCUGGAGCCUGGUCGAAAGGUGCUGAAAAGCUGCGCUGGGGAAAGUACAGCCCAGCCUACAGGAAACGGCUUCUGGAGGGAUGUCAAGCUCUUCAGAGCUAUCUCACCGAAGUUGACGAAGAGCAGCAGCCCUCCAGUUUUAGAGCACCUGUACCGAUGACAUUGCUCAUGGCCAUCACAUGUCAAGCAGUUCUCAACUCUGAAAAGUCGGAUAGCAGAAGUGAAGCGAGACGAUGGCUGGCUCUGGCGGUUAUGGUGCUCACUGGAUUUUAUGGACUGCUGAGACCUGGUGAGCUUCUGAACUUGAGGGCAUCAGAUGUGGUGCCUCCAAAUUCAAUGUCUUUAGGGCCUGGGGAAGACUGGCAGAAGCAGUUUCGCAAGGUGGUAGUCAGCGCGGAACCCUUGAAAGGUGCCCGGUAUCCCGAAGUCAGUUGGGAGGACCUACGAAGGGCAGCCAAGUCCUACAAACAAGAUCCCAGGUUCUGCCAAUAUGCGAAGAGGAUGAUGAGCGAGAAAGCCUUGGGAAGCCGUCCAGCCCAACCGCAGACAGCAUCAAGGACUUGGCGAAAAAUGGGAGCUGAGUGGCUAAUGUGGGGCCUUGCCAAAGCAAAAGGCAAAGCUUUGCUGUUCAUUUUUUUAGCACUUUUGGCAUGCAUGUUGAUUUCGAGGCCACUCUUUUAUGUGGUCAUGGCCAAGAGUUUGACCAUGGGCAUCCGAUUAGUGCUUCGCCGCAGUUUUGGACUUGUGAUUAUAGUAAUUGACGCUAUACUGGACGAAGUAGCAGCUAAUUUGGAAGCCAGUCUGCUCACACAGCCCGCGCUUGCCCUCCUUGAGCUUGAGCUUUUCCCAGGCGUUGAGCCCUUGAUUCCGGCCAACAUUGAGAUGCCAACGGUGCCUUUGAAGUUAACAGUCCUUGUCGAUCCUGAUUGGACGAGACAUCAUGUACUUCUGUCGCCGGCUCAUUAUGCCUUGUUUCGAUUUCGCGCCUGGGUUUCUGCUUUCUAUGACAUCUCCGUACACGGGGAAGUCAUUGAGGCUGUGGAUGACUGCAUGUUACUUCUGGAAGCCAUAGCAGAUAUUUGUCAAGUCCGUGUGGAACAUCCACCCCUCCUUUGCCAUACUGGUGUUGUACGUGAUCCUGUAGAGAAGACCACGUACCAGUUGCCCCAUUUGACAAAAAGGAGGCCACACCCAAACACGUCUCUUUAUGGAGAAGUUGUGGAUGUUGAGAGCGAGCAGCCAAAGACUCCAGUGCAGGAGGAGAGAGGGUCUUUUUUCGAGCCAAGAUCUGCUGCAUCUUCUGCGGCAGCAGCUGCGCCGGCACCUAUGUCAAUUUUUGAUGAUGAUGUGAAUGAGGCAUAA